CGAACUUAAGAACACGGGCGAGUCCCGAGCACGAGGAUUUUCCUUAUCAAAAUUUUAAUGGCAUAGGUAGCAGUUAUCAGUCUCACUGCCUCAGUCGGUAGUUUGUAUGUACGCAUAAUGUAAGAAUAAGAAAAAUAAUACAAUUUUACAAAUUUUAUUAUUAUUCUCUCAUCUCCCUGGAAUCGUUCAUCAUGUCUUUCAGAAGACCAGAGCAUAAAGCUCCUCCAGAAGUGUUUUAUAAUGAAGAGGAAGCGAGAAAAUAUACCCAAAAUUCUCGAAUGAUGGAUAUCCAAGUUCAAAUGAGUGAACGUGCCAUAGAGCUACUCGUUUUACCCGAUGAUAAACCGUGCUUGAUUUUAGAUCUCGGUUGUGGAUCUGGUUUAAGCGGUAGUGUGUUAGAAGAUCAGGGACACGGAUGGAUCGGUCUUGAUAUUUCGCCUUCAAUGUUGGGUGUAGCCAAAGAAAGAGAAGUCGAAGGAGAUUUAUUGCUUGCAGAUCUAGGUGAUGGUUUACCUUUUCGUGCCGGUAUGUUUGAUGGAGCGAUUAGUGUUAGUACCCUCCAAUGGCUAUGCAAUGCUGAUAAAUCGUACCAUAAUCCAACUAAACGAUUGUAUACUUUCUUUUCCACAUUGUUUGCAUGUUUGACCCGCUCAGCCCGGGCAGUAUUUCAAUUUUAUCCUGAAAAUUCAGAACAGAUAGAACUAGUCACUUCACAAGCAAUGAAAGCUGGGUUUUAUGGAGGAUUGGUGGUCGAUUAUCCAAACAGUACGAAAGCGAAGAAAUAUUUCCUUGUUUUAAUGACCGGAGGUUCCAUGCCUUUACCUAAAGCUUUAACAGAUGGUGCUGAAGAUUCAAAUCAAGUUAAAUACACCGAUAAAAGAGAAAAAUUCAAAAAUUUGAAAGGAAAAUCACUCAAGAAAAGUAAAGAUUGGAUCUUGGAGAAGAAAGAACGUAGAAGGCGCCAGGGUAAAAAUGUAAGGGAUAAUACAAAAUACACCGGAAGACCUAGAAGCGGACGAUUUUAAUUUUACUUUCACGAAAUUUUAUACGUAUUAUUUUUUUGUUAGUAAAUAAAUUUGUUUUGUAAUUUA